AUGGGCUCACUGUACAGGAGUGAGUGCAUGAAGCUAUGCCAAAUGAUUAUCACGAAAGGCUCCGCGUACGAGUGCGUAGCCGAAUUGGGAAAACAACCGAAUGUUCACUUUAAUGAUUUGAACGCACGAAAGGGCAUCUUUCAAAGGACCUACGUACGAGAUAUCAGAAAAUGCGAUGAGUUGGAGAGGAGUUUGCGCUAUUUGCAAAAAGAGAUCAUCGAGAUCAAGCCGAUCAUUUAUUUGAGUCCAAUUGACGUCACAAAUCUUGACGUGCCCAACCACAAUCACAUAAAUCAACUGCAAGCGAUCUUGAUCGAAAAAGAGAAAGCGGUGCGAGAUCUCAAUGAAAACGAUGCCUCGAUGAGGAAACAACUCAAUGAGAUGCGCGAAUUUCAAUUUGUCCUCCAGAAAAUUGAAUUCUUUUUCCAGCACCUUGAAGAGGAAGCGAACAAAUCGAUUGAAGAAGCCGAGCGGGCGUCAAUAGGAGACACACUUUCUGGAGACAUUCCACUAGUUGAAGUUCAGCCAGAGUUUGGAAAUUUCAUCAAUGAAUCCAGUCAAGAUCAAAAGCAAACGUCAUGGUUCAUAUGUGGUGUACUUCCAAGUGACAAGAAGCAAGUGUUCGAGCGAGUAUUAUGGAGGACGUGCAAGAGAAUGGCUUUUGUGCGAAUGGCAGACAUCGACUACAAUUUUAUCGACCCAAACACGCUAAAACCCUUGUCCAAAGCUGUAUAUAUCGUCGUCUCAAAGGGGGAAAGCUUGAAACAAAUCGUUCACAAAGUCUGCGAAUGUUUUUCUGCCGGUGAAUACCCGUGUCCAAAAACGUCAAAAGCUCGACAAUCAGCACUUGUUGAAACUUUGACAAGAAUUCAAGAUCUGCAACACAUCAUCGAUCGAACCGAGCAUCACAAACAUCAAUUGUUAUCGUCGAUAUCGGGCGAUUUACCCGAAUGGCAGCGACAAGUGCGUCUGCACAAAGCCGUGUAUCAUGCUCUAAACAAUUUCAAGUUAGACACGAAUGGUUUCCUGGCAGCCGAGUGUUGGGUACCGGAGAGGAAUCUGGAAGCGGUUAGAGAGGGAUUGGCUGAAGGAGUGAAAAAAUCUGGCACCACUGUGGCCCCGAUCCUGAACGUGCUCGAAUCAACAAGAAACCCGCCCACAUACAAUCGAGUGAACAAAUUCACGAAAGUUUUCCAAUCGAUCGUUGACAGUUACGGGGUGGCCAGUUACCGAGAGGUGAACCCCGCUCCAUUCACGAUCAUCACUUUUCCUUUCCUAUUCGCCGUCAUGUUUGGCGACUUUGCUCAUGGAUUGCUCCUUUUGCUUUCCGCAUUGUAUUUCAUUGUGAACGAGAAGAAAAUUGCUGGGAAACGGAUAAAUGAUGAGAUUUUCAAUACAUUCUUUGGUGGUCGUUACAUCAUUCUCCUGAUGGGUGUUUUCUCGAUUUACUGUGGAAUCAUUUAUAAUGAUUGCUUCGGCAAAUCGGUGACUCUUUUCGAUAGCAGUUGGCAUAGUCCAUACAGCACAAGCGAGUUAAAAGAGUUGAGAAAUGGACGCUUGGGGGAUGAACGUUUGAUUGAACUCGAUCCAUCAAAGGCUUUCUCUCGUGAGCAUGGUCCGUAUCCACUUGGAAUGGAUCCAAUUUGGAAUAUCGCCGAGAACAAGCUCACCUUUUUCAACUCAAUGAAGAUGAAGCUUUCCAUCAUUCUCGGGGUAUCUCAAAUGACAUUCGGCGUCUUCCUCUCGCUUCUCAAUCACCUCUCAAAACGAUCGAUCACCGACGUAGUCACCAAUUUCAUCCCACAGCUACUCUUUUUGACCUCAAUUUUUUUCUACCUUUGCGUGCAAAUUAUCACGAAAUGGAUCUUUAUCACCCAUGAGCCGGGAACAGUCUUUGGAAUGGAAUAUGAAGGUGGAAAAUGCGCUCCAUCACUCCUCAUCGGUCUUAUCAACAUGUUCAUGAUGAAAAAUCGGGAUAUUGGAGCACAUUCAAACGGCAGCACGAAUCCCUGUUAUCUCAACUUUUGGUAUCCACAUCAGAAAGAAAUCGAGCGCUACCUCUUGCUCGUCGCUCUCUGCUGUAUCCCAGUGAUGCUUCUCGGCAAACCCCUCAUCCAUUUCAUUACAUCGAAAUCCGCGUCACGUCGACCAAAAAGCAAUCGAGAUGAAGAACAAAGUCUCCUCGAAAUGCCAAAAACGCCGACCACAAAAGAGGCGCCAAAAGAGAUAAAAAAAGAAGGACACGAUAAUACGGAUUUCGUCAUACAUCAAGCAAUUCACACGAUCGAAUUUGUGUUGGGUUGUGUCUCUCAUACGGCCUCGUAUCUUCGUUUAUGGGCCCUCUCAUUGGCUCAUGCUCAGCUCUCCGAAGUCCUCUGGCAUAUGGUGUUAAUCAACGGAUUGAAUGCUUCAUCACAUCCAAUUCUUUCCCCAAUUCUUGCCUAUUUCACUUUCUUCGCUUUCGCCGUGCUCACCUUCGCAAUUCUCGUUCUUAUGGAAGGUCUCUCCGCAUUCCUGCACGCUCUUCGACUGCAUUGGGUUGAAUUUCAAUCGAAAUUCUAUUUGGGUGAUGGAUAUCAAUUUCUGGCUUUCUCGUUACGAGAAUCCCUUGAGCACAUUUCAUCGAUGAUUAUCGACGAG